AUGAAAAAUUUUCAAAAUGAAGAUUGUAUUCGCUCUCUUGUUUUUGGUUGCAGUUGCCUUCCCAUUGAAGAUGAAUCGAAAUCCCAACCGGCAAAUGAGAACAAAUUGUUGAAUUUGGAACAUCAUCCUGUCGAACAACAUCAUCGCGAACGUAGAGCGACUUGUAAUCUUUCUAUUGGUACUCGUACCGCUUGCAAUACUCAUUGCAGAUUUAAAAAAUACAAGAGAGGAUACUGCAAUAAAAUUUGCGUUUGCACCAAUAAGUAGAGGAUUGGUCAAUCCUAAUCUUGAUAAUAUAAUAAUUUUCCUGGGAAGAGAUUAGAUUAAAAUUUAAUCGAAAUGUGUCACAUAUGACCUAUCCAUUCUGGAAUUUUAACG